UACAUUAAUUUGUAUUUUUCAUUUUAUUUUGCUUCCUUAAAUUUUUCCUUUUUCGCCGACACACGCAUACAAAACACACUUUGUUUCUCUCUCUUCAUUACACCAAGCUUCGAAUAUCUCUCUCUCUCUCCGUCCCUUUCUUUAAUGGCAAUUCCUCUUUCCACUGGUCGCGAUCUCAACCUCAACUGCUACUACUUCUGUGACUUAUUUGCAUUCUCUUCUUUUUUUUCUUCUUCUUCAUCCCCUGUACGCGCGUCCAUGGUAGUCUUGCAUGCUCCUUGACUCAGUUGAAACCUCACUCCCUGAAGAGCUUCGCAUUACAACAAUGGCUACCGACAGCCACUUUGCUCGUUCGCUCAUUCAGUUAGUGCUUGUAGCUGCGAUCUUUGCUGCUUUGCCUCUUGUUAAAAGCACCACUGAUUCUUCCGAUGUUCAAGCUCUUCAGGUUAUGUACACCUCACUAAACAGCCCUUCUCAGCUCACCGGUUGGACAAGUGGUGGCGGUGAUCCGUGCGGAGAGUCAUGGAAAGGGAUAACUUGUGAGGGUUCAGCUGUAGUUUCCAUGUAUGAGAGUAAUCAUAGACAUUUCUGGGUUGGGACUCGCUGGUACGAUGGGAUACAUGCUUGCUAAUCUUGUGUCUUUGAAAAAUUUUGAUGUGAGUGACAACAAUAUUCACGAUUCAAUCCCAUAUCAAUUACCGCCAAAUCUUACGAGCCUGAAUCUUGCAAAAAACAAUCUUAGUGGGAAUCUUCCUUAUUCCAUUUCAAUCAUGCCUUCUCUCAAUCACUUGAAUGUUAGCCGUAACUCACUUUCUCAGUCAAUUGGAGACAUUUUUUCUAAUGGUUCUGGCCUUGCAACCUUGGAUCUCUCUUUCAACAAUUUUUCAAGUGACCUUCCUAAUACAAUGGGUUCAUUGUCCAAUCUUUCUUCGCUCUAUUUGCAAAACAAUCAGUUGACUGGUUCUCUCAAUAUUCUAACGAGUUUGCCUUUGACUACACUAAAUGUGGCGAACAACCACUUCACUGGAUGGAUACCUGUAGAACUUACUUCAAUCCGUAGUUUUAUAUAUGACGGGAAUUCAUUUGACAAUGGUCCUGCUCCUCCACCACCACCAUUUAUGCCGCCUCCCACAGGAAGAUCUCAUCCUAACCGCAGUCAUUCUGGAUCUAGCUCACACAAGUCGGAUGCUGAUGGUAAAGCACCUCAUUCAAAUGGAGGGCUGGCAGUUGGGGCUUUAGUUGGGAUAAUUCUAGGUUCUGUAUCCGUUGCCCUCAUUGCAUUGCUUGUUCUUGUUGUUUGUCUCCGAAAGAAUAAACGGAAAGGUACUGGUGCAAGAACAUCAGGGGCAAGUCUUUCUGUUCGCACAAAUAGUGUAAAUACUGAGAUGCAAGAGCAAAGGGUUAAACCAAUGGCUGCUAUAACAGAUCUCAAACCCCCUCCAGCAGAAAAGGUGAUGGUUGAUAGGCUGCACGCGAAAAAUGGAUCUGCAAAGAGAGUAAAGUCACCUAUCACUGCUACUUCAUACACGGUUGCUUCUCUUCAGACAGCAACUAAUAGCUUUAGUCAAGAAUUUCUAAUCGGUGAAGGUUCCCUUGGUCGUGUUUACAGAGCUGAUUUCCCGAAUGAAAAGAUAAUGGCCGUCAAGAAAAUUGAUAAUGCAGCUCUGUCAUUACAGGAGGAGGAUAACUUUUUAGAAGCUAUUUCUAAUAUGUCCCGCUUGAGGCACCCAAACAUUGUGACACUGGCUGGAUAUUGUGCAGAGCAUGGACAACGUCUUCUAGUUUAUGAGUAUGUCGGAAAUGGAAGCUUACAUGACAUGCUCCAUUUUUCUGAAGAUGGAAGUAAGAUUCUCACUUGGAAUGCUCGCGUUAGGGUAGCACUUGGCACUGCUCGCGCUCUAGAGUACUUGCACGAAGUUUGCUUGCCUUCUGUUGUACAUAGAAACUUCAAGUCGGCAAACAUUUUACUAGAUGAAGAGCUUAAUCCUCACUUAUCAGAUUGUGGCGUAGCUGCUCUAACACCAAAUACAGAACGACAAGUUUCGACACAAAUGGUUGGUCAAUUUGGAUAUAGUGCUCCUGAAUUUGCGUUGUCAGGAGUCUACACUGUAAAAAGUGAUGUAUACAGCUUUGGGGUGGUGAUGUUGGAAUUGUUGACAGGUCGGAAGCCACUAGACAGUUCAAGAGUUAGAUCCGAACAGUCACUUGUGAGAUGGGCUACUCCCCAACUACAUGAUAUUGAUGCCUUAGCCAAAAUGGUUGAUCCAGCCCUUAACGGAAUGUAUGCUGCAAAGUCUCUCUCACGCUUUGCUGACAUCAUUGCCCUCUGUGUUCAGCCGGAACCCGAAUUUCGGCCUCCCAUGUCUGAAGUUGUGCAAGCACUGGUACGAUUAGUCCAAAGGGCAAGUGUAGUGAAGAGGCGGUCCAACGACGAAGCUGGUUUUUCGUACAAGACCCCUGAUCACGAAGCAAUUGACAUGUCAUUUUAAGUGUCCUGACAUUUUGCAGUUUUGCAUACAACAUACAACAGGGUUUCUUCGCCAAAAACACACAGAAAAAAGUUGUGAGAACAAAUCAAAAGUUAGUGGGAUGACUAUGCAAGGAGAUUAGCUACAGCUUACGGUUGAAUGAAGCAUGAACAGAUAAGAAAGGCUUUAAAAACUCAAAACUAAAAAAAAAAUGGUAAUAAGCUAGCGGAGAUUUGUAAUUAUGAUCCAUAUACAAUUAUGUCCAAUAUUGAUACUCGAAAUGGCGUUGAGGGAGGUAUAGCUGGAGUUAUAACUGUGCAUUUAUUUUGUAUUAACCCUUUUAUUUUGGAUACUUGGACAAACAAUGUAGGUGCUUUUUUGCAUCUCAAUAAGAUUUUAUUUCGAUUUUUGUACAACUUAA